AUGACGUCCCCUAAGAAGGUUCUUAAAUUGGAUAUUAGUAUGGCUUACGACAGGGUGGAACUUUCUGAAAGAGGUUAUGUUAAAGUUAGGGUUUACGGAGGAUUAGGUGACUCUAAUUAUGAGGUGCGUGACCUCUGUCUCAUUUUCUGUUUUGUGGAAGGCCAACCAAUUGGAAAUUUCAGACUAACAAGAGGGAUUUGGCAGGGUGAUCCUUUGUCACCUUACCUAUUUCUGUUUGUCUCUGAGGGUUUAUCUGGCUUACUACAUCAUGCAGAUUCUAUGGGGUUGAUACAAGAGAAAAGUGUACCUUUGAAGCAAUGUCUACUUCUUUACGAACAUGCAGCCGGCCAGCAUAUCAACUUUCAGAAAUCCGCUUUAUCUUUUGGACCAAAAACUGAUGGCCAGGUAAUGAAUGAAAUAAAAGACAUUAUGAAUGUGCCGAUUGUUGAUUUUCAUGUGAAGUAUCUGGGUUUUCCAACUACUAUAGGAAGAAACAAGAAGGAAGUGUUCAGGAAGAUAAAUGAAAGGCUGGAUUUUCACCUUCAAGGAUGGCAAGAGAAGUUCCUCUCAAAAGCAGGUCUCACCCCAUCUGCAAUAUGGAGGGGGUUAUUAUGGGGAAAGCAAGUGAAUGAUACGGGAAUUCGGUGGAGAAUUGGGAAUAGGAGAAGAGUGAGUAUAGUUAGUGAUCGAUGGCUGCCUUGUCUGAUUGGUUUUAAAGUGGUGAGCCCGGUGUCAUUGCCAAGACAUCAGAAGGUGGAGUCUUUAUUCAUGGCAUCAGGAGCUUGGGAUGUACCGUUAUUGAAGUCCAUCUUCUUACCUCAUGAAGCUGACAUGAUUUUAAGUAUGCCUAUAGGGCUCAGAACUGUACCUGACAAGCUUGUUUGGCACUUUACAAAGACAAGAGUGUAUACCGUGAAAUCGGGGUACUGGGUGGCCAGAGAUAUGCAGAACCGGAAAACAGGCCCUAUUGCAAGCACAAGCCAUGAUGAUAAUAAGAAGUUGUGGAGUAGACUGUGGAGCUUGAAUAUACCCCAUAAAGAGUGUCCAGGGGCUAAGGGUGCAUGGAAAAAGUCAUUUUUAAAAGGAGUACAUAUGACAUGGCAGGAACAUUCUUUCUUUGACUUAUUGUAUCAUGUACACUUAUCUGCUACUGAACAUGAACUAGCUACUUUUUGUUAUAUUGCAUGGUGGAUUUGGCGAAACAGAAUCCUUCAUAGACAUAGGGAGAAAAGCAUGGGACCUGGUGAGUUAUUCGAGGUAGCAGUUUACUGGCAGAUUGAAUAUGAAAGGAAUUGCUUCAAGGUCAAGGACAUAACAAAGAUUGUCUCUUCAAAUCGAGUCAGUUGGAAACCCCCUCAUGAAGGAAGCCUAAAGAUGAAUUUCAAUGGAGCUUGUGAUGUAAAGAAUGGUUUGUAUGGGUUGGGAGUUAUUUUCCGAGAUAGCCAAGGAGCUAUGAAGGGUGCAAUGGCAGUCCCCCAAGUUGGAAACCUCCCUCCUAGAUCAGUGGAAGCCUUGGCGUUACUGCAUGGUCUUCGGUUUGCGUUGCAUGUGGGAUUUCUCAACAUUGAAGUGGAAGGUGAUGCACUCUCAGUGAUCAAUAGUUUUAUGAUAGUUUUGAUGAUUUAA